AUGUCUUCAUCAGAAACCGCACCCGACACGAAGCAAAAAGAUUGGUCCGCCUCUCAAUACCUCAAGUUCAAUACUCCGCGCACGCGCCCAGUGCACGAUCUAAUCGCACAAAUAAAACCGCACAUCAGUUCCACUGCCCCUGUGAUCUUCGAUCUGGGCUGCGGCCCGAGCAAUUCUACGGCCGUGCUCCGCUCCGCAUUCGAACGCGCAAGCAUCACGGGAGUGGACUCAUCGCCGGACAUGCUGAAGAAAGCACGUGCGGACAUGCCCGAUACAGAAUUCGUCCAAGGCGAUGUGACGACCUUCACACCAAGCACGCAACCCGAUCUUCUAUUUAGUAAUGCAGUAUUUCACUGGUUACGCGCCGAUACGCGUAUCCCGACUUUGGUCAGACUCUUUCAGACUCUCGCACCCGGCGGUGUGUUGGCGAUACAAGUCCCGGAUAAUUACAUGGAGCCUAGUCACGUGGCCAUGCGUACAGCGGCUGGUAUGCACAAUCAGCCAUGGAGUCCAUAUCUUCUUCCGUUUUUCCAGGAGAGGGAGAAGGGAUCGCAUUGGAAAGACAGACCACAACUCGAUCCUAUCGAAUCUAAGCGGGCUUACUACGACGCCCUGGUGCCUAUUGCCGGCGAAGUGAAUAUGUGGAAAACGACAUACAGCCAUAUUCUAAACGAUGCAAAAGCGAUCGUGGAAUGGGUAAAAGGAACGGGAUUACAGCCGUUCCUGAACUUGAUUAAAGACGAAGAGGCAAAGGUGGCGUACCUGCUAAAGUAUGAGGAGUUGUUGACGAAAAGUUAUCCAACAUUGACUGAUGGCAAAGUCAUGUUAGAUUAUCCGAGGUUCUUUAUUGUUGCGGUGAAGGGAAUAUGA